UUUCAGGACAUAUUAAAAUAAGCUUUCUGUGUUUAUGUUGGAGAGAGAGAGGGUAGGAGGUGUCGCUGCUGGUUUAUCACCUGCCGUUUUAUUUAGGUUGGGUUAAAAUGUUUCCUAAUGAUUUAUGAUUUUUGUUCGUUUAUUACCUGCACUAGGUUCUGAAACAAGUAGUCCAUUUUUCGUUUUAUUUACUCGGUGUGCAGCGUGCCCACCGUAGCUAUUACGACAAGUUGAACUUGUCAUCGUGUUUUUUUUUUUGUUUUUGUUUUUUACUGAGAUGACAAACGCGUUUUAAGUUCUAGUAUGUUUUCUGCAGGAUUGUGAAAGACGAACGUUACUCCUUGCAAAGUAAAGACUGUUGUAAGUUUUCAUUCUUUUAUCACACGAGAAGAAAUGCUGGUUUUAUAUUAAUGUCAAUUCUCCAGUUAAUACAUAACACAUUAAAAUCAAACAGGAUUCCGCUACGCGAGUCUCAAACCAGUGAAGAUGGACGUCAGCGUCUCCGUGUCGUUCCUUCAAGACGAGCUCGCCUCUACCAUCGAGCACGCAGUGAAAGCGGCUGUAGACACCGUCUUGUGCCAAAUCACAAAAGUUGUCGGCGGCAAAUUCACUGAAUUCCGAAUGGAAAUGGCUGGAAAGGAGAAAGAGAAUGAAAGUCUGAAGCUGAGAUUGGAAAUAUCAGAGAGCGAGUUGAAAGCAGUGCGGGAAUGCAUGAACGCUGCAGAUGCAGACAUCAAACAACCUCUCAGAAACAUGAACCCCGACUGCAAUGAACAAGACUUUCAGAGGAACGAGAACCAGGGAUUAUUUCAAGAUACCAAAGAGAGCCAUGCUAUCCCUAAAUCUGAAGCACAGGAGGGGCCAAGGAUAGAAGCAGCUUACACACAAGAGGAGUCCUUUGACCAGGAGUGGUGUGCAAGUCUAAAGCAGGUUACAGAGCUGACAUGUGUUAAAGAUGAAGAGGUCCCUCGACUGGAAUGUGUUCCUAUUAAAGAGGAAUUCACAGAACAGGAAUGUGUCCCCAUCGCAGAGGAAGUUCCUGCUGAAAAUAAUGUCUGUACACUUGAGGAGAACAACAAGCUGGGAUCCAGCCUGUGUGAUGAUUGUCCACCUGAAUGUGAACUGGGAUUUAGAGCUGCUAAAGGAAAUCUCUCAGGAGGGAGUCCAUUUCCCCGUGCUGAGUGUGGGAAGAGUUUCAGUCGUUUAUCACGGCUUAAAAUCCACCAGCACAGUCACACAGGAGAGAAACCUCAUCAGUGUUCUGAGUGUGGGAAGAGUUUCAGUCGUUUAUCACAGCUUAUAAUCCACCAGCGCAUUCACAAAGGAGAGAAACCUCAUCACUGCACUGAGUGUGGGAAGAGUUUCAGUCAUUUAUCACAGCUUAAAAUCCACCAGCGCAUUCACAAAGGAGAGAAACCUUAUCACUGUUCUGAAUGUCGGAAGAGAUUCACGCAGUUACAAAAUCUUAAAACACACCAGCGUGUUCACACAGGAGUGAAACCUUACCACUGCACUGAGUGUGGGAAGAGAUUCACACAGUUCGGAAAUCUUCAAUCGCACCAGCGCAUUCACACAGGAGAGAAACCUCAUCAGUGUUCUGAGUGUAGGAAGAGUUUCAGUCGUUUAUCGCACCUUAAAGUCCACCAGCGCAUUCACACAGGAGAGAAACCUCAUCACUGUCCUGAAUGUAGGAUGAGUUUCACCUAUCUAAAUUCCUUGAAAGUCCACCAGCGGACUCACCUAAAAGAAAAAUAUCUUCUCAAUGUACUGACUGUUUGAAGAGUUUACGUUAGUUAACAAACCUUAAAAGACGCCAUGAAAUGCUGUGACACGGGUGGCGGUGACGUCAGACCAGAAACACAAACCAAAACAAGGACUGGCGGGGCAAACUGAGAGACUAUGGCACCCAAUACUUUAUUUAAAUAAACACAAAUAAAAGGUUGGCGUUGGCCAAUCAAGUAAACAGCAACAAAUAGUGUCGUGCUCAUUAAAAACCAACACGUCUAGCUAUUGUUAUCUUUUUAAUAAUUUUACCUCCUGUCUCCACUCUUGUUCUCCACUCUGCAGGUCUCUUUAUAUUCUGGACGAGGGGUUAAGUAGCUGUUAAUUAUCUUAUUACCCCUCGGCCAGAGUCUGCACGAGAUUAGUAAGGAUGCGUGACUGUCAGCUAGUUAAAUAAUCAGUAGCUGAUCAGUCACGCAUCCUCACAAGGUUUUUAAAAUACAAACAACAACAGAUAAUGACGGCAGCUUUUCAUCCACGCCGCAAACAAUAAUAAUAAUUCAAUAAAUCAUAACAAAAUUGUGAUGGGGUGCAGCCUAUUUUGUGGUGGUUCUGUGUUUUUUGUAUUGUUUAGAGUGGAUGUGAGUGAGUUUGGGGUGUGGUUCAGUGAGUAUGUGUGGAAUGUGCCUGGGCUAAUGAGGUGCGAAUUGCCCAAUUAGCCCAGGCACCUAUAUAAAAGGGAGUGGUUGGGUAUGUUAGUAGGUGAGUGUUUGUAACAGAGAGAGAGAGAGAGAGUGAGAGAGUGAGAGUUUUUUGGGGUUUGUUUAAAGCCUGUUUUUGUGUUUGUCUUUUUGGUUGGCCAUCGUGCCUUUUUAUUUGUGUUUUGUUAGUUAAAAUAUUUUGGUUUCACUGCACUUUCUGUCUCUUGAGUCUUCCCUCUGCCGCUGUCCUGCCACAAAAAUAUACAAAGGGGAGUGACAGUCUGCCACAAAUGCACACAUGAGUUCAGUCAGUUACUGGGUUUUGAAGGACACAAGAGAAUUCACAGAACUUCAGCCACUUGAUCUAAACACCAGGAGAUCUGACUAAAAUAUUUACUGAAAACAAAAUAAUUCAUUUGCUUGAUAAAUAGUCUUGCUCCAGAUCAUUUCAGAUAGAUUGUAAUUGCUUCUGCAAGAUUCUACUUGUGUCUCAUGCAUUAGGAUUUUUAUAUGUAACUCCUCACAUGUGACCAAGUCUCCAGCUCUUUCAAGUCAGUGCUAAGAUUUGGUCAGUUCUGAGCUUCACACCUCAAACAGUUUUGUUGUUGACAGGCUCUGACUGCGAUAUAUCGCCCCCCGAUAUACAAUUUCACAACCGUUUUGUAUACCUUGAAAAUGUCCCCUCUUGGAAUUCGAAUUCAAAUAAUGAAUUUUGUUUUCAGUGUUUCAUUUUAGCUCGCAUCUAGGCAACGCAAAAAAGGGAUCACUGUUUUAAAUUGUAGUGUACAACUCCCUGCGCAAAUCACCUCCAUAUUCUGCUUUACAAAAAAUAAUUUAAAAUAAUUUUUCCUUAACCUGAAAUAUUCCCUUUAUAUGUUUUCCUUGUGUGAAAUGAAUCCAAAAUAAAUAAAGAAAAAAUUUCUUGAAAAACCUUGUACACGAUAUACCAUUCUUUUUUAAAUGCAGGAAAGGCUGUGUUGCACUGAGGAUGUGUUGCCUGUUCCCUUCAUGCAUUCUUGUUAAAAUGCCGAAAGAGAAACUCUAAAUAACCAGUUAAUAAAUAUAACAAGGAGCUGAAUUGAGUGUGGUGUUGUUGUUGAAAUACAUCUGUAUAUUU